AUGGGUAAGCCAAGAGGGAGGAAACUGGAAAAGAAGAUCAAGGAUCAAGAAUUUCAUCCAGAACAAGAUAGUGAGAAAAUAAGUGAGAAUUACAACUACGAUGGUCAUCCAGAGUCAGAUACUAGUAACCCACAAAUGUUCUUUGGUGUGUUAGAUAGGGACGAAUUAGAGUACUUUAAGCAAACAGAGGCUACCUUAUCAUUAGACACUUUUGAAACUGAGGAAGAAAAGGCACAAUUUGUCACUAAUGUUAUUCAGGAAGCUGAGGGUAAGGAAUUGAAACUUGUUACUUCACAAAUAUGUUCUAAACUAAUGGAAAGACUAAUUUUAAAUUGUAAUGAUAUUCAGUUAAAAAAGCUAUUCCAAGCUUUUAAUGGUAACUUUUACAACAUAUCCUGUCAUAAGUAUGCAUCACAUGUGGUCGAAACAUUAUUGGUCAGAAGUGCAUCUUUGGUGGAAAAAGAACUAAUCACACCACAUUUUGAUAAUAUGGAUGCCUCUGUUGAUGGAAGUGAUGUCUUUGCUCCUAUGGAAUCUUUAUUUUUAUUUAUGCUCAAUGAAAUAAAGCCACACUUGAAAAGCAUGAUUAAUCAUCAAUAUGCUUCUCAUGUUUUGAGGCUAAUAAUAUUAAUUCUCUCCUCGAAAACAUUACCAAGUACAACCCAAAAUAAUUCAAUAGUACGUUCAAAAAAAUCGAAAAUUGCAAGGAAAAUGAUUGAUUUAAAGGAUAAUGAAGACUUCAAUAAAGUAUAUCAAACACCUGAAUCAUUUAAAUCUGAGCUGAAAAUGAUGUUAAAUGAUUUAUAUUCCGAUUUAACUGGCCAUGCAAAACCAAAAGCAGAAAUUAACCCAACGGUUAUAACGAAAUUCAGAGAGUUUUGUGUUGAUAAAGUAGCCUCCCCUGUUAUCCAGCUUAUCAUACAAGUUGAAGGUAUAUUUGAUAGAGAUAGAUCAUUUUGGCGACUUGCUUUCAAUACAAAUGAUGAAAAAGACGCCAAGGAACAAUCUUUUAUGGAAUAUCUACUUUCUGACCCAGUAGGAUCUCAUUUUUUGGAGAAUGUGAUAAGUUUUGCUAAAACAAAAUAUGUGGAGAGGCUAUAUCGAGUCUACAUUAAAGAUCAAAUUGUCAGGUUAGCAAAAAGAGAUACUACUGGUGCUUUUGUAAUUCAAUCUUUGCUAAAAAAUAUGAAAGAUAAAGAAGUAAAGGAAAUCCUAGAUGCUUUACUUCCGGAUUUGAGUAUUCUUUUGAAUUCAAACAUGGAUUUUGGUACAACAAUCAUUAAUGCAUGUAUCAAGCAGAAUAACUAUAAGAGGGAUGAAGUCAUAGGUCAGCUCAUGAAAAAGUAUUAUCCAGACGGUUCAUCGGAGAAGAAUAUUCUGGAAAGCUGUCUUUUGCUGGCUAGCUCCACAUUGGGCAAUACCAAAGAUGACUGGCCAACUGCUGAAGAAAGGAGAAGAUCGAUAUUUUUGGAGGAGUUGAUUGACUUUGAUGAUAAAUUCCUAGAAGUAGCUAUUGAGAGUAUGUUGAAUCUUCCAGAAGAAAGGUUACUGCAGAUGUGUUAUCACGGUGUUUUUUCUCAUGUUGUUGAGCAUGUAUUGCAAGUUCAACGUGUUGAUAUAAUCAAAAGGAAAUUGUUACUAAACAUUUUAAUUAAGGAUAUUGUAAAGUUGGCAUGCAAUGCUUAUGGAUCUCAUAUUGUCGAUAAGCUUUGGGAUUUUACAGCAAAGCUGACAUUAUAUAAGGAACGGAUUGCAGCAGCUUUAGUAGAGAACUCUGAGAUGGUGAAAAACAGUGUUUAUGGAAGACAAGUCUGGAAGAAUUGGCAGCUAGAGAAAUAUAUACGGAAAAGGUGGGAAUGGAAGAAGAUUAUUAAGGAAAGUGAUUUGGAAACCUUUCCCAAUAUGCGUGUUCUUCAACCUAAUAUGCAAGAAAGGGCAGCAAUCAAGAGAAAGAAUGAUGACAAAGCAUUUGAUAGCAUGAAAAAGUCAAGAAAAUAA